CACGGAUGUGUGGGCUGGAAAUUCAAGUUCACAUAAGACGGUGUGCAAAAUGUUCACGUACGCCUACGUCUAAUAUUUUUGUCAACUUCUACUCAAAGAACAUUUGAGUCGAGUGCGGUAAUUCCCGCUGAAGACGCGAUUUAAAACAAAAAUCUGUUUAGCUAAUAUCAUCAAUGGAGAACUCAGCAGAAGAUGAAUUAAAACCCAGCUGCAGUAGCAACUAUUUAACUUCUGAGAGAACGGAGAAACUUGCUGAUGAAAUGGAGACUGAAGAGAUUGACAACACUGAUAGAGAGGAAGAAGAAGAGGGAGAAUUGAAUGGCUCUAUUGAGCAAGAAGAAGAGGGAGAAUUGAAUGGCUCCAUUGAGCAAGAAGAAGAGGGAGAUGAAGAGAUUGAUGAGAAUGAAGACGAAAUGGAAUCUAAAGCCUCUGCCCACAAAGUUGUUGAUGGAGCAGAUUUAUUUGAUGAUUUUGAGUUUGGCACCAACAGAGCUGAGGAGAACAGCACAUUCAGAGAGGAUGUAGCCACUGAUGUAGGGGGGUGGGCUGACGGUGAUAAAGUUUGUACAGCUGCAGUCAAUUUGAGCAGAAAAUUUAUUUGUAUUGAUUAUCCAGGUGUAAUAAGAAAUGUGGAUAAAGCCCUGGACACUCUAGGUGGUGUCUCCUACAUUCAAAAAUGUAUCAAACAAAACCACAAACUGGAACUCAACUUCCGCCCUAAAGACCCAUACUGUAAGCCAGUUCUUUCAUCACUCUGUCCAUCUAGAAAUUUACUUUUAAAAAUUCGGCGAAGAAGAAAAUUAGAACCAAACAGCAAUCCUGUCAUGCAAUAUGAAUAUCAAAUUGAGGUAAUAGGUGCAGUGGAUAAUAUGUACAGGUUUGAUAAAAUGUGUGAUUUUCAAUAUCUCCCUGUGAUCAAGUUGCCAGGUGGCCAGUACAAAGAAAUCUUAUCCAGCAUCAAGCCUAAAAUUGAUGAUGACAGGGAAGAAUACCUGUCUAGAAAAGUUCCACUGUACUUACCUCCUUUUUGUUUUUCAAGACGAGAAACUCCUACCAAUUUUUUUUUUGAAAAUGAGGUUUUGACUGAAGGAGAGACAGCAAUUGGAAGUGACAGGAAGAAGAGGUUUCAUGGUGUUAUCCACAGAUCUUUCAAUAAUCCAGAUGUUCCUGUCCAACCAAAUCCAGCAGUGACAGAGAAAGCCUCUAAGCUGCCAGAACAUCAUGUUAAAAUUGUUACAGAUAUUCUUAAUGAUUUAUUCAAAGAAAGGCCGUUGUGGAUCAAAACAGCCAUAAUGGCUAGAAUCGAUCAUGUACAUCACCGGCUUAUCAAACCCAUUCUCCCGAUGGUUGCCUACUACAUUGAAACUGGGGCCUGGCGCAACUUGUGGUGUAAGUUUGGAUUCGAUCCAAAGAAAGAUCCUGCAGCAAAGAUUUACCAAACAAUAGAUUUUAGACUGCGCACAGCUGCCAACAAAAAUCAAGUGGAAGCCAAGCGAGGUGUUGAAACUCCAAGGUACAUCCACUCUACAAAAAAAAAUUUGCCAGUUCAUAAGACACCAAUACAUAGUGUGGAAGAUAUAAACCCUAGUGAGUUGGAGGUCAAGAAACUGAACCCCUCUGGCCUGGACCUGACAUAUAUAUUUAGCCCUGACCACAGACCACCGUAUCGUCAGAUGAGAUAUCAAGUCUGUGAUGUGCUUCAUGAACAGGUUCAGAAGAUGUUACACGAGAAUGAUGGGAAGGAGACAGUGUGUACAGAGAGAGAUGGUUGGUGUAUUCCAGAUUUUACAGACAUGUGCAGAGAUAUCUUGAGCAAAUCUGUGGAGAAACAUUUCUCUAAAUAGUGUGAGUGUGUGUGACUUCCUACAUAGUGUGUAAAUGUUAUGAAGUGUACAUGGAUUUGUUGAAAGAAUUAAUAAAGACUGCAUCAGUUUUAAAAGUUGACUUGUACAUUUGUAAUAAACAAAACAAAGUUA